AUGUCAAGAAAUGAGGGUGUUCCGAAGGAUUCAUUGUCUCUCUCGGAUCUGGAGAAAUAUUCAAAUAUGCAAGAUGAUGGCGUUAUGUAUGCAAAAUACAAGCAAAGGAUUCGUCUCCUGGAAUCAGCGUUGAAAGAAGCUCGUAUAACGGACAAAAUGACAUCUGGAGACAAUUUGUAUUCCGACGCUGAGAAAAAUUUCGGUGAGUCCCCAGCGGUCGAGAGUUCUCGGUCGCUGCCAAUUCAUGCUGACAUAAACGACCAUCCUCCUAAAAUAGUUCAUGAUGUUUUGUCAGGUGUUUUGCUGAAGGUUGACCAUGGCAAUAUGGGCAGUCCAGCUCCGUCCCCGGGGUGUUUUACUUUUAAGAGAAAUUGUUUAUUUAGAUGGUGUUUCCCGUCAACAUCGGUUGUUCAUCAGAAGCUUUCAAGGUGCUGUUGCGAAAAGGGUAACCGAUGA